UGUGGCCACGAGACGGCGACAAACACCGGCAUAACUCACAAGCGAAGAAAAACAAAGAUGAUUCACGUGACCAAACUGUCAUGGCGGCGGCCGCUGCAGUCCGGGUGAGCGUCGGGCUGACUUUAGGCUUGGCUAAAGUUGCACCGCAGUGUCGAGUUUGUCCGUUCAACCGGUUGAACAGGGACCACGGAGCCACGAUAUCAAAAUCGAGUCGCCGUUUCUCGGCGCCGAGCCGGCACUUACAGACUUCAAUAAAUCGGCACCAGAGCGAGGAGGGCGGAUCGCCGAUAGAAGAUCCGGACGAGAAUGUUGUUAAUGUGGUGUUUAUUGACCGAGCUGGACGGAGCACACCGGUGAAGGCAAAAGUUGGAGACAAUGUUCUCUAUCUAGCACGCAGACAUGGCAUCGAACUCGAAGGGGCCUGUGAGGCAUCACUGGCUUGCUCCACAUGCCAUGUUUAUGUAAAUCAUGAGUACUUCGACAAGCUACCUGAGCCUGAAGAAAGGGAGGAUGACAUGCUGGAUUUGGCCCCUAUGCUGCAGGAAAACUCUCGUCUUGGUUGCCAGAUCAUUUUAACUCCUGAACUAGAUGGGAUUGAGCUGACAUUACCUAAGGUUACACGGAACUUCUAUGUUGAUGGUCACAUCCCCAAACCUCAGUGAGAAAAGUAGACUGCAGUAAAGGCCAAGCAAACAUGGGAGACGUCUUUUCUCAAGACCACAGUGUGUCUCAUGUUUAAAAGACUGAAGAGCAGUUUGGUGAACCUACCAUCAGCCUGAUUUUUCUCUUUUCAAGUGUGUCCAAAGAAUCUACACACACAGAAUGGGUGUUUCAGAAACGCACAACAUCUGGAUCAAAAAAAGCACUUGGUCCUUUUAGGUUCAGGGACAUAGAAAUGCCUUUUGAAACUGUUAAGCUGGAUGGUCGAACGGCUUGAACGGGAAGUUUUAGGAUCAACUCAGAGUUAGUGUUCUAAAAUUUCCAAAGAUAAUGAAGUUGACCUUUUGUGUUGCGCACAUGAGUCAGACGCACAAUUUUUAUAUUUACUUAUACAUCCUGUGUAAAAGUGAAAUAGAAACGUUAUUCUGGCAUUCAAUUAUUUUUUUAGCAGGUUUUAUUUUUAAUGCUAAUUGUUGAAUUUGUUUACAUGUGUCUGUUAAGGAUCAAGGACGAAAAAGUUUGAAAUUACAGUGCUGUUUGGUUACACUGCUUUCCAAAAAUGACAGUUAACAGGUGUUUAAUCUGUCUAUGUAUGUUAGUCUAGUCAAGACAUUUCUGGAAAGCCAGCUGCCAUACAACUGAUUUAAUUCUCUCAGAUUGUCAGGAGUAUACGCACACUAAUGGAAUUUAUGCCUUGGGUAGUAUUAUAAGAGCCAUCAUUUUACCCAUUUACAGGUUUUAAGCUAAUAAUAUACAAAUUUUUGCUUUAAGACGUAUAAUCUCACACACAUUUCUAACAUAGAACCCCACUCUGACCAUAAGUGAACCCACCAAACCGUUGAAGAAAGCAGCUGAUUUGUGUCUUUCCAUAAUGCUGUCUGUCAAAUAAAUAAAUCGAACACAUUCAGAGUUUAAAA